UCACUCAUUGUAUGUGUAAAAAGACUGCCUAUCGGCUCUACAGUUAGUCUCUGCCUGUCCAACUGCUUGUACACUCGGACACCGUGAGGAUGUCGGAUCAGUCGGUCUUUGAUGUGGACGUAUGGACCCUCACACGUUUUGUCAUGGAGAUGGGGCGGCAGGCGAAGGGGGCCACCGGAGAAUUCACACAGCUCAUUAACUCCAUAUUAACAGCUAUUAAAGCUAUUUCUUCUGCUGUCAGGAAAGCCGGACUCGUUCACCUUCAAGGCCUUGCGGGACAGGUGAACGUCACAGGCGAUGAGCAGAAGAAGCUGGAUGUGCUUUCCAAUGAUCUGAUCAUUAAUAUGCUGCGGGCUUCUUAUGGCACCUGUAUGAUGGUUUCUGAGGAGAACAAGGAUGCCAUCUACACAACUGCUGAGAAAAGGGGGAAGUAUAUAGUCUGUUUCGAUCCUCUGGAUGGCUCCUCCAACAUUGACUGUUUGGCCCCCGUAGGCACCAUCUUUGCCAUCUACAAAAGAACUGACGAGACCUCAGAAGGAGAACCGACUGACAAGGACGCCCUGCAGCCGGGCAAUCAGAUCGUGUGCGCUGGUUACGCGCUAUACGGCAGCGCCACGCUAGUGGCUCUCAGUACAGGAGCUGGAGUUAACUUCUUCAUGCUGGAUCCAGCAAUUGGAGAAUUCAUUCUGACUGACAGAAAUGUGAAGAUCAAGAAAAAGGGGAAUAUUUACAGUAUCAACGAGGGCCACGCUAAGUACUUUGAGCCUGCAGUGAAUGACUAUUUAAAGCACAAGAAAUACCCAGAGGAUGGCCGUGCCCCGUAUGGUGCCAGGUAUGUUGGGUCGAUGGUGUCUGAUGUACACCGCACCAUCGCCUAUGGCGGCAUAUUCAUGUACCCAGCCAAUGAGAUGAAUCCAGAAGGAAAGCUGAGGCUGUUGUACGAGUGUAACCCCAUAGCCUUCCUGAUCGAGCAGGCCGGGGGCAUCGCCACCACAGGCACCCAGCGCGUCCUGGACGUUGUUCCCCAGUCACUGCACCAGAGGCUGCCCUUAGUGGGCGGAUCCCCAGACGAUGUGGAGGAGUACUUGUCCUUUGUCAAGAAGCAAAAAAAGUAGAGAUUUCGGUUGCAGUUUGAUCUAUUUAAAGCCCACACAAGACCUCAAGAUACAAAACAUCACAGUAGCUUUUAUUUUUUAUUUUUUGUAAUAGUAGAAGCAAUGCUUUUGUAAACAGAAUCACAUUAAAUUUCCAGUAUUUUAAUUCAUUAUUUUUUACCCUAAUCACAAACACAAGGUCUUUUCAGUUCAGAUUUGCUCUUCAGUCCCUUUCGCAAUCUUUCUUCCGCACUUAAUGUGAACAUAAUGUUCCUUCGGCAGUGUGUUAGUUGGUAAAGUGUUUACACACUCUCAUUCAAACGGAGCCCUCCCUCCCUACUAGUAGAAGAACCAAAACCUCAAUAAUCUCCACUCCGCUGGUCAUGAUGACGGCACAUGUAAUGGCAGUGUGCCAAGAGAUAAAUAGGACAGGUUGUAUUCUUGGAGCAAAAGUACAGCCCUCCAUAUUAAUUUUCACCUCACCAGGUCACAACAGGCAUAAGCAAGGCAGAAUAUAACUUUGUGGCACUUCCAGAAACAGUUUUUUUCCUUUAAAACCCUAAGUAAUGCUGAUCCCAGAUAUGCCACUUAGGUUGAGGUUUUAGAAAGCAGUAUUGUAAAUACAGAACCAGUCAACAUUCUGUUUAAGUAGUAGACUUUUGAUUUUCUCGGUCAACAAAACACCGUGACAAGGUGAUAGGAAUAGGGGUUUGGAAUGGAUAUGGAAAGCUACAGCAAAUGGUUUAAAAGUCUGGAUUGUUUUGGAAAAGCUUCUUCUGCUCACCAAUGCUUCAGUGUGACAUGAUUUGGUGCUCAAACAUUUCUCAUUGUAAAGUUUGUGUAGUGUAAUAUUUUUGUGGGAACAAUGAUAUUUAAGCAAUUCUUUGCAAUAGAAAACUUGUGACAUUAUAAAUGCU